UAUCCCCAAGCUUAAAUCCCUCCUUUUCACCUAGUUUCAAACAAGAUGUUGUCAAAAAUGGAAAAUUCUCAGUCAAGACUCGCAAAGAGUAUGGUUCUUCAUCCAGGAAUCAUCGAAGAUUGCAGACGAUUUUGGAGUUCAUUUGCAAUUUUCAAGUUGACGAGUGUGAGGUAAGUGACGAGCAUGUUGUUGUGAUUGUGUGUUUUUAAUAUAUGUGUUUAUCCUGUGUUUUUUAUUAAUAUAUACUGGGUUUUAGUAUCAAUGUGGUUGUUGUUGUUAAUAUAUAGAUAAAGUUAGGGUUUUUUGGUUUUUAUUAUUCAUAACUGUCAGAAAAAUUUGGAGCCUUGUUUCAGGGAAUCUUAUGGACGCCAUUAUUAUAACUCGUUUUCAUCAUGGUGGUAAGUUUAUUCAGGACAAAACUGGAAUUACUUAUAAAGGGGAAGCCGAGGUGGAAUAUGUUAAUAUCGACAAGGACCACUUCUCAAUAAUCGAGUUACUUUUUUACACUAAACAAUUGGGGUAUAUUACUGUUGGUGGGUUCUGUGUUAAAGACCCCACAAAAAAUGGCUUUAUUGAGGUGGACACUGAUUUAACAUUAGUAAAUCUCAUCAAAGACCUAAAAGAUGGUGACUUUUUAGACAUUUAUGUAAAGCAUGUGGUGGAUGAUGUAGAAGUGGUCACAACAGGUUUGCUUUGUGGGUCUGUCGUUGAAGAAGACUUAGAAGAUAUAAAUGUGACUGCAAGUGAAGGGUUGAAUCAUGAGGCUGAAUCUGAAAAUGUUAAUGUGGAAGUUGAGCCAGGAGAUAUAUCAGAUCUAGAUGUGGAAUGGACUGAAUCAAAUGAAGAAAGUAGUGAUGACUCUCAAGAGGAUGCUAUUCCUGAUGUGGAUGACUCUGAGGUUGAUGAAGAAUUAAGAUCUCUUAGAAAUGAAAGGAGAAACAAAGUGAAAAAGAAAAAACCUACUCAAACUGAGGAAAUAAAGCUUGGAACAGCUGGUGUUGAUAGAGGCUUUGAAGACAUAGGAAGGAAUAAGGCUGCUAGAUACACUGGAAGACUAGGGGGUGAUGAGCAAUAUAUAGAUAGCUCAGAAUUGGACAGUGAAGACAGUAGGAAUGAAUUGGAUUCAGAAUUUGUGAAGGGUGUUGAUUUACCAAGAAGAAGAAAAAGUAAAAAGGUAAGAUUUGAUCCUGAUUGUGUUGUAGCAAUUUUUGAGCUUGGUAUGGUGUUUUAA